CCGUAUUCCUUCUUAGUACCACAGUGCAACCAACUAGCUACUUGUGUUCUGUGUGAUGCAUUUCUCUUUAUUUUGAGAUGGCAGAUGAGUAUGAUCGCAGCAGCUACGGAAGGUCAGGCACAGGCAGUGACGAAGGCGGGUACAACAAGACCAGCGAGGAAGACUAUGGCCGCAGCAGCGAUGAAUACGGCCAUGGUACCGGCGGCUUCAACAAAUCCAGCAACGACAACAAUGAUGGUGCGUACAAGAACACCAACACGGACGACUACAGUAGCAGUGGCGGCUACAACAAGUCCAGCACUGACAAUUUCACUGGCGGCUUGAAUAAAUCUAGCCCUGAUGACUACACUGGCGGUGGCAGCUACAACAAAACUGGUGCCGACGACUACAGUGCCGGUGGCGACUACAACAAGUCCAGCACCGACGAUUUCAGUGGCGGCCACAACAAGUCUAGCACGGACGACUAUGAUGGUGGCUACAAGAACUCCAGCGCCGAUGCCGGCUAUGGCGAAGGCGGUUACAAGAAACCAAGCACCGAGGACUCCCCCGCGUACAACAAAUCAAGCAUCGAGGAGGACUACAGCAGCGGCAAGAACACCCCCAAUACUGAUGACUAUGACGGCAGUGGCUACAACAAGUCCAGCACUGAUGAUGGCUACAAGAAGCCCGGUGCCGACGAGUACAGUGGUGGCUACAGCAAGUCCGGCGCCGAUGGGUAUGCCACUGGUGCAGGCGAGACUGGCUCUGAUGAUUACUAGACAAAAUCGUCGUGAAAGUGAGUGUGUUUGCGAUGCUAAAUACGUAUGUAUGUGUGGUUUGUACUGCUACUGGUCCUUGCUAAAUGAUUUAGCGUUUGUAUUCUUUUUUCUUUAUGGUGGGGUCGAUCAUAUGUAUACUGAUGUGAUCCCAUCAUAGCGCCGCGGCUGUUGAGAUGAGUGUGUAUAUGUACCCGUGUGUAUGUAGCAGUCUUGCUGUCCAUCUAUGCGCUUGUACGAAUGCGUAAUACACUUUAUCAUGUCUGUAGCUGGACAUAUGUAUAAAUAGUUGACUAUAGUUAUGCAAAUGUGUACUAUACUACUA